ACCAGCAGGUGAGGGCGGAACCGAAGCUCACACCGCCUCCCUAAGGGCAACAGGGAGGUCUGUCCUUCGAAAGGAAGGUGAAGAGAAUGGGCGGAAGCGUCCUGGCUAGAAACUCACGAAGGGCGGAAUUUUCCCCGCCUUUGAGGGCGGAAGAGACCUUGACUCUGAGAUAAGCUCGAGCCCUGGAGGGUGUUCGAUCACUUCCGGGAACGGACCGGAAGUUGCUUUGUUUUGCUUCAAGAUGGCGGCGGGAAUGUACUUGGAGCAUUAUCUGGACAGUAUUGAAAACCUCCCCUUUGAGCUCCAGAGAAACUUCCAGCUCAUGCGGGACCUAGACCAGAGAACAGAGGAAGUAUUAGAUAUCAUCUGUGGACCUGCAUUCUGGCAACUCUUGAGCAAGUUUGGCUGCCCUGAGAAAUUCACUUGGAGCCUGAGGCUACUCCCCGAUGGUCAGGCCUCUGUCUCUAUUGUAGACCUGAAAGCAGAAAUUGACAAGCUGGCCACUGAGUAUAUGAGUAGCGCCCGCAGCCUCAACUCAGAGGAAAAGCUGGCAUUACUUAAGCAGAUCCAGGAAGCCUACGGCAAGUGCAAGGAAUUUGGGGAUGACAAGGUGCAGCUCGCCAUGCAGACCUACGAGAUGGUGGAUAAGCAUAUUCGAAGACUGGAUACGGAUCUAGCCCGCUUUGAGGCUGAUCUGAAAGAGAAACAGAUUGAGUCAAGUGACUAUGACAGCUCGUCCAGCAAAGGAAAAAAGAAAGGCCGGGUUCAGAAGGAGAAGAAGGCUGCCCGUGCUCGUUCCAAGGGUAAGAACUCAGAUGAGGAGGCUCCCAAGGCUGCCCAGAAGAAGCUGAAAUUUGUGCGCACAAGCCCUGAAUACGGUAUGCCCUCAGUGACUUUUGGCAGUGUUCACCCUUCGGAUGUGCUGGAUAUGCCGGUGGAUCCCAAUGAACCUACCUACUGCCUUUGCCACCAGGUUUCCUACGGGGAGAUGAUUGGCUGUGACAACCCUGAUUGUUCCAUUGAGUGGUUCCACUUUGCCUGUGUUGGAUUAACAACCAAACCUCGAGGGAAAUGGUUCUGCCCUCGGUGCUCCCAGGAACGGAAGAAGAAAUAAACAAGGGCCUUGGAUGCAUCAUCGAAAUUUCAUCUCUUCUCCUCACCUGGGCUGGGGCAUGGGGCAGAGAGCCCUGCGUUGGGGCGGUGGGAUUCAGGGGGAGAAGGGGGCUGGUACAGAGAAGUCACUCCCUUCUCCCCCCGCCUCCCCCACACACAUAACACACUCUUGGUGCUGAGGCUGCAUCUGAACUGCAGUAGGGCAAGUGGUGUGUGCCCUCCUUAAGAACAUCACCUGCUCCUUCUUGGGGUUGGUGGAGGAGGGGUCAUCCCCACUUCCCCUUUGCCUCCAUGCUGAGGUUGGUGCUGUAUCUUGGAGGGGUACCUUUUACUUCCCUCACUGUAUAUAGGGGCUAGGACAGCAGUACAGGGUGCCUCCCUCCCCCCCAUGGUGGGGGCUAUGGUAUGUUGAUCUUCCUUCUACCCCUGGAUUUCAUCUUUUUGUAGGGCCCUUUCUGUAGGGUCAUCUUCUACCCUGUGGCAGGGGAGUUUUUAGGCUUGUGUGUAUUGGAGGGAGGUAGAGACCUCCUUUGUAAGGGAGGAGUGGGUGGGAGAAUAAAAGUCAUGAAAUCGGCCUGCUGUAUUUAUUAAGGAGAAGUUAGGCAUAUAGGCCAUUGUGACACCUGACUCCCUCCUUCACCCCUCCAUUUAUUUCCCCAAAUAUGUUUCCAGGUCCUAGAUUUCAGCCUCUUUAACACCUUCAAGCCACGGGAGGAAAAACAUGACUUCAAAUUCCUGGGCUUUGCUAUUCUAAAAGCUUGUGUUUUUUCAGUGCCUUGCAAUUAGUGCAUUUAUUGUUUCUUUUACACAUGAGGAAACUGAGGCUUAGGUUAAGUGAUUUGCCCAAGAUCACAUUGUUAACUGCCAGAGCCGCAAGAUAUGAAUUUGGGUCUCCCAAUUCAGUUCGAUGCCCUUCCCCCUCCAUCAGACUCCCUUUCUGUAGCUUAGCUGUAUGAUGGGUUUAAAUAACUCAGCCUUAGCUCCCAGUGGGUAGGGUAGAUCCAUCCAAAGUACUACAUAAAUGCAUAAAUGUGUUAUUCAAUAGAGGUAGCAUGGUAAGGUCUUGGGAAGAUACAAACUUAAAUCCCCCAUUCCCCCCUCCCCUCCUUGUUAGGUCAGUGACCCUUGAGGGGCAAAUCACUUAGCCUCUAUUUUUUUUAAAACAAUUUCCCAGAACCUGUAUUGAAUCAUAAACUGGUUGUGAUAUGGGUUGGUGGAGGGGAAUAUAUUUUCAAAUUUAACGAAACAUUUAAGUGCUUUCUGUAAGACACUGUACUAGGCUUGGGGGACACAAUGAUAAAUGAACUUCCUCUGGU